AUGCUUGAUAAGUCUGUGAUUGUAUUCGUUGAUGACAUUCUUGUGUACUCGAAGUCUGAGACCGAUCACGCAACACACCUUCGACAAAUGCUGGAGUUGUUAAGAAAAGAGCUGCUUUAUGCUAAAUUUUCAAAAUGUGAAUUUUGGCUACGUCAGAUACAAUUCUUGGGACAUACUGUGUCCGAUGACGGUAUCUCUAUGGAUCCUGCAAAGAUUGAAGCUGUACAAAAAUGGGAACAACCCAAGAAUGCAUCAGAGAUUCGGAGUUUUCUCGGGCUAGCGGGAUAUUAUCGACGUUUCAUUUGGGAUUUCUCUAAGAUUGCUGUUCCUCUUACUUAUCUUACCUGCAAAGAUGUAAAGUUUGCAUGGACCGAAGACCAAGAGAAGGCAUUUCAGACUUCGAAAGAUUGUUUGACGCAUGCACCAGUUCUUGCCUUACCUGAGGGUAGUGAGGGUUUUGUUGUCUAUAGUGAUGCCUCACGAUUGGGACUUGGUUGUGUAUUGAUGCAGAAAGGAAAGGUUAUCGCUUAUGCAUCACUUAGGAGCCUUCGUACUCAUAGCAUUUCAGUUAUCCCCCUUGCAAUUCCCCGGAACUCAGCUUAUGCACUUGAAAGGGCCACCACCUCUUGUUUCUUGCUUCUCCACGUAACGAGAUUUCCACCAACUAAAGUAAAGUAUCCUGCGGUGGAUCUACGGUUGCCUUUAUCUCCCGCCUAA